CUCUCACAAACACAUGUUCACCCUUAGUUAAUAGUUACCAUAUAGUUAAAUUUAUAAGAACGGAAUAUUCAAAACACAUACACGUGGACCAUCAAGAACGUUCUUACUAAUUAAGAAACAAUUUCUGGUGUAUAUUUUUUCCCUUAUGUAAGAGAAUUCCAUUUGUUGAAUUAUUCGUUGCAUUACAUAUGUUGUCGUCUUUUUAUUGUUGUCUUUAGUCAACACCAAUAGUGAAGAAAGAUUAAUUAAGGUUCUCUUAUUGGUCAACAUACAUCCAAUCGAACCUUGUUAGUUAAGAUAACAAUAUUGAUUAAUAAGAUUAUCUGGCCGUCAUUAAGUGUUUAGUAUUUAUAUUAUAUUAUAUAUUAAGGGUAUGUGACAAUUAACUUGGAUGUGCUAUCCAUUAUUCAGUUUAGAGAUACGUGUGAAAGGUUUUUGAAUGUAUUUGUCAUGUUUUCUCACUAGCUAUAACUUGCCAUAUAUGUUGGUAAAUACCUAAAUGGUGUUUAUGGUCCAUGCUCUACGAGGUGUAACAAACUCCUACAUUUUGGACUUCAAUAAAUUAAUUAAGCACGCUAAGGUACAUGUAAUGUUAUUGAUCGACUUGGGGUCUUCAUACAAAAAAUCUUAGCCAAAUCCAUCGUCACUGACUAUGAUUCUUACUUAUUAGUUAGUAGCUACGAUGUUGGUAAUUGACAUGUCACGCAAUCAUAUGCAUGUUUUGCUCCAUAAUUAGAUCGUAAAAUCAUUCAUAUUUCUCUUACUUUCAAUUAAAUUUCAACAUUUUGGGGGAUAUUGAACGUAAUAGGAUGGAUUUUCUACGCACAUACGUGUGAUCAGUUAUCAAUAACGCUCUUACCAAACGAUGAAUAAUUAUACCAGAAUAAACCGGAAAGGAGUUUUUUAACUGGAAAUAUUACUUGUUUGUCAAAACUACAGAACAUGUGUACCAAAGAGACCACUAUUAAUCAAUCUUCAGUUGCACCUAAAACUAAUCAAAGGAAUCAUAUAACUCAUAUUGGUUGCAUUAUAAUGGUUAGCGGUCUCUUUGAUGGUCCAUGUCACCAUCAAUUAAAAAUUAAAAGAGUAUUGAAUAGCUUUUUCUUUGUAUAAGUAAAAAGUCUUGAAUUGUUAAUUUGGAGUGUCCCAUCUUCAUGCAGUAAUAUCUAGCUACUCGUUUAAAAAAAAAUGUUGCAGUAUUGUUUCUUGUGUCACCCCUAGGUAUAUAUGUUUUGGCAUGUAGGGCACUUAUGACACAUAAAUUAUACUUGCAUGCAUCACUCUAUUGUUUUUGUUUUAAUCCUUUCAAUUUUAUUUCAAAAAAAAACCUCUAAAAAUAUAAAAUAUUCUACAUUAAUUAUAUAUACUUAUCUUUCCUACAUCGAUCUAUUUCCAUAUCUAGACCAAUCAGUUUCUGCUUUUCUCUAGAGGGAAAAUUAGAGAGUAAAUAAUAUUUUCGCUGAGUAAUUGUCAUAGCUCGAAAAGACAAAGACUCAACCAUCUAGUCCUCUUUCAUUGCUAACAUACCGCUAGCUUGAAAGCAAGUUUCUUGAUAGUAAUUUGAUCAUUCCAACUUUCUCUCAUAUCAAUACCGCCAAUUGAUACUACAUUGUCAACGGCACCUCAUGCUCUCAUAUCAAAAUAAAGUUUGGGCUUCAAACCAAUACGUUAGAAGCCAUCACCGUAGAAACCCUAAACACAAUACACAAGCCCUCUAAAUAAGGAGAAAAGGGAAUAAAAAUCUUAUUGUGUCAAAACUCCUAAAAAGGGGUACCAAAUAGAAGUAAAGAAAUCGAAAGUGGAAAGGGUAAAUGGGUGGAAUGAUAAAAAGGAAAAUAUGGCUGGGCAGCAAAAUACUAAAACGGGAAGGCGUGAUGCUAACUAAUAAUGUUCAAUUAAUAAUCAUUAUAAUUAAAAGUGAGAACGUGGCACUUUGCCAACAUAACCAAACCUAAUUGGUGGCUUUGCCCCUAAAAUGAUGGGGAUUAGUUCAGACUUUAGAGGCUGGAUGACGUCACAAAUCUAAGCUCAAAAUAUAUGCUGCCUCAUCCUACCCUCCACGUGUCCUCAUUUGUGCUACAGUUAAUUUUUGCUGCUCCCCACUUAUCCCACUCUCGCGCGUCGCCUCUACGCCUUCCUUGGCCCAACAUAUAUAUUUUAGAAAGUAAAAUAUCGAUAUCGAUAUAUAUGUAUAUUUUCAAACGAGACAUGUCUAUCAACUAAAAAAAAGUUAAAUAGUGAAAUAAUUUUUUACUGGACAAAUGUAAAUACAAAUUUAACCCCAUUUCCCCCACUUAACAGUGAAUGUAGAUGCAAGCGUUAGCAAAACCGUAAAAUAAUUCUUAACAUAUCAUUAUGAACAAUAUAUACGAGACUAUGUCGACAUCGAUGAGGAUUCAAUAAUCCCAUCAAAUCGUGAGCCAUUGGCAGAUUCACAAUCACCACAACGAUGGAGAUAAGUUCGAAGUUAAGAAGGGCUACAGUCCACAUCAACUUCGAAAUAUAAACAAAAUAACAUGUUGUUCGUGCCAAGUACCUUCUGGGCCCACUUCUUCGGACCUCCACCUGAUGGGCUUCUUUCGGGGCGCCUAGGUCCUGCAAGACAGGCGCCUAAAGGGCUUUUGGAUGCCCGUUAGCACUCCAACGCUCAAGUCAGUGCCGAGUUUAGAGAGAGAAGUGCUCCAAGAGAUUUUAGUGAGAGAAGCCAACCUGCUUAAAUGCUACCUACCGAGUACUAUUUAUACUCGUCGAGGCCCCGACCGGGCUCCUAGAAUUCAGCUCCACGUCAGCGCGUCAUUAAAUGCUCGGUACGGCCCAACGGUCGGGCGCCUCCACGUGGCAACUCCUGGGCUCCCAGCCCCUGGCGCCUGCAGGACCACCUAGCCAGGUGGCAUGCCCUCAGCCUUCUGGUCCCCGCUCCACUCUUGUCUUCAUGCGCCUAUGGAUCUUCGAAUGGGCCUCAUUCCCACCUUUCGUUCCCACCUCCUUGCACUGAAGCGGGCUUGGGCCUAAGCCGCCUCCAUGGGCCUUUGUCCCCCAAUGAUCCAUCUAUCCUGGCACCCAACAUAUGCACAAUUCGUAAUCAAUUAAGAAAAUAGAGUGAUCGGUCAACCUUAGCCCUUUCUUCAUUCAUCGUAUGUUAAAAUCAGCUCAUAUCAUUCAUUUUUCUCACUCCUUCACUAAUGAUCGAUGCAAAAGUAACUACUCUUUCCAUACCAUUUCCAAACAAAUCACUCUCAAGGAUUCGCCAUUAUCAUCAACAGUUUUUUAACCUCGGAAAGGAAUACUAAUUACGCGCUUAUUUAUAUAAAAUCACAAAUGGUCACUUAUGUAUUUGAUAUUUUGAUCAGAUCAUAGUCAAGCUCGUCGGUGGUGACUGCCAAUAUAUCCCAAUCAAAGCAGCAUUUCUUUUUCCUUUGAUUCGACCCGACACAGCAAAUGCAGGAACAACACGUGUUUCCAGGCCACGCCUUCUCGAACCUAACACCAAAAAAAAAAUCAUUUUUCUAGUUAUAUGUUUUGUCUCUCAGACAGCACUUUCACUCUUUCAGAAAGAAACCAAUUAAGAACCAACCAAAAACAGUACAGUGGGUUCCUCGAUGGGACAAUUUAAACACGAAAAUAAAUAAAUAAUAUUGCCAGUGACGACCACGUGUCCCCUCUCCCUUUCCAUUUUUCCGUCUCCCGGUGUUGGCCUAACACCUUCGCUUCUCUCAUUGGUCCAAACAGAUUGGCCUGUGGACCCCACGCUUAGAUACGCACCUGCUACUUUACUACGGCUCUUUGAUUCACGUAAUUACAAUUAAGUUCCUCUCCAGUAGCAACUAAUCAGACAAAACCCGAAAUAUUUAUUCUGGUAAUUACCUAUGCUUUCAUAGCUGGUUGGAUUAGUGAUUUAGUGGUUUAUAUGGUUAACUGGUUCUUGGAUAACUGUUUGUAGAACUAUCCUUAUCCAAUAAAAAAUCAAUGAUGCACAUGUGUAUAACACUCUAAUUUAGGACUCAACUUGUAUCUAUUAAAAACAAUUCCAAAUCUAUAUCAUUCAUUACCAAAAGUUCUAAUAGAGCAUUCAAAUUGUCUAAUAAAAGAAAUCAUGCAAUUUUUUUUAAUAAAAUUCUAAUUAAUAAUUAGGGUGCAAGUGGAUAGCGGAUCACGUAAAUCCAACAAGGAGACUAAUAAAAGAAGAAAAGGAAGUAUACAUAAAAUUAAUUAGUUCGGUUAUAUUGUCUCACAGUUCACACUAUAGUGAUUUUUUCUUAUAUAUUUUCUUUGGUUUAAAUAGUGAACGAGUCAAAUUUGGGUGGUCAUAUGGUUUCAUGGCCAAAUGUGAAUAACUAUUCGGUUCAUCCUAGUCCGCCCUAAAAAUAAAACGAACAACUAUUGUAACCAAUUUGAAAGUUCUAAUGGUCUACCUGCUAAUCCAAUCCAAUUCUUACAACAAGGGUACAUAUUUACUGAUGAAUACAGUGGCAUUAACCAAUGUCAACCCACCGGUGAAAAAUUCUUACGUAGUAAGAGAGAUUAAAAGUAACCAUGUAAGAGUAUGUAGAUAUUUUGUGAACAAAGGUUUGAUACAGUGUAAUAUCACUGGUUUUGAAUCUGUAAGUCCUAAGUUCGAAUAUCUUAAGUAGCAACUAACUAUCAAACGAAAGCUAUAUCCCAUAAAAAAUGAGUAUAGAGAUAUUUUACAGGGUAGGGUAUAGGCCACUAUGGAAAAAGUGGCCUUUGGCAACACUCGAAAUGUGUUGCAAGAAGUACCGAAAGUGUUGUAUAUGUAUUAUGCAACACUUUUAGCAGUGUUCUCUAUAGGUGGUGUUGUAUAAAGUAAUAGGUGACAC